AAACACAUCUUAAAGAGGAGGUCCAAGAACACAUAUAAAAGGGGAAAAAAAAGAAAAGAAAAGAAAAGAGCGUGCAGCUCAGCUCGAGAUCGAGUGUGGGGGGUUACACACCCCAACUUACGCACUCAUCCGUCACACCACGAAGGAGGGAGCGAAACCCAGGGCAUCGAGCAUCGACAACGACGACCAGCACCAGCAGCAAAGGAGGAGGAGAAGAAGAAGAAGAAGAAGAAGAAGAGCCAUGUGCUACUUCGACCAUCAGCUCUGGCCCUGCGGAUGGUGGAAGUGGGGCAGCUUCAGGGGGCAGUGCCCCAAGGAGUACCGGACGGGCGAGACGUGCGGGCUCAAGCUGAUCUACAACACGUACUUGGAGCCGCAGGUGUGCAAGCACUGCGAGCAGAUCUACAAGAAGCAGCGGCGGGUGGCCAAGAUGGCCGAGGACGUCAAGCGGUGGCGCUGCGAGGGCAACCGCCGCGCCACCGUCGAGAAGACGGAGCGCGAGAUGAUGGAGCUCAACCUCCAGAUCAACCAGCUCUGGACCGAGCAUGAGAUCAGGAGGCACGCCAUCAACUACUAAAAAAAUUCGAGCGGAGCGGAGCGGAGGGUUUUUUUUCCCACAGGGUCGGCUCUUCUUCAUCCUGUUUGUUUGUUUCGUCUAAUUAUUUGCUGAUUUUUUUUUGUUUUCGGCUUUACUGGUUGUUUUUCUCAUCUCAUCUGUCUUCUCCUUAUUCCCCGGGUUUUUCAUGAGGCCCCCCCGUUUGAGACACACCACGAGGGUAAAAAGACUAAGAGGAGUGAUUGAGAAAAAGGGGGGAGGGGGGCCGGGUGUUGAUGCGAGGGACUGGUGGCAGCCGAAGAAAAACAAAAGAAAGCACGUGGCAUCG